AUGAACGGCAUAAGCAACAAUUUGGCAGGCGGAUGCGUUAUCAAAGUCGCCCUUAUCGUCGGCUUGCUGGUGUCUCUUGCCUGGACCCUGCCUGUCAACGAGGAAAAUUUCCCGACUGACUCAAUUCGAACUACCGAGAAGCUAGCUGCGGAUGCAGAACUUGGGGAUGGCUCCUUGGAUGCUGGUAGUCAACUCCGCUGGAAACGUCCCGAUGGAAGCGGUGGAUUUUUCCAGAAAUUCGGCCAAAGAAUAAAAGAUAAGAGGACCAGAAAAACAACCACUUCUACUACACCGCCCACAACGACCACCACCACCACUACAGUUCGCACAACGACAACCACACACAGCAAUACCGACAUCAACUGGAGUGCCCACAACGAGCACAGCAAUACCGACAUCAACUGGAGUGCCCACAACGAGCACAGCAAUACCAACAUCAAGCACCACAGUGGCCACAACGACAACUACAGUGGGCACAACGAGCACAGCAAUACCGUCAUCAACUACAGUGGGCACAACGAGCACAGCAAUACCAGCAUCAAGCACCACAGUGGCCACAACGACAACCACAGUAGGUACAACUACAGAGGCCACAACGAGCACAGCAAUACCGUCAUCAACUACAGUGGGCACAACGAGCACAGCAAUACCAGCAUCAAGCACCACAGUGGCCACAACGACAACCACAGUAGGCACAACUACAGAGGCCACAACGAGCACAGCAAUACCGUCAUCAACUACAGUGGGCACAACGAGCACAGCAACAUUACCAUAAAUUCUGCGAGUCUAUAG